UUAAACCAAACCAACACUACUUCUCUCUCUCUCUCUCUCUCUCUCUUUAGAUACAGGUUUCCAUAUUUUCGUACUUACUUACCUCCCUCGUGUCCUCUUACUUGUUCAUCCACGUCUCCUCAUGGCUUCACAAACAAUUCUCUCUCUCUCUUCAAACAAGUACAAAUACAUCAACAACAACAACAACAACAACAACCACCCCAAGUCUCUAACUUUAAGCGCCUUCAAACCCAGUUUUCUUUUUUUCAAAUAGUAUUAGAGGUGUAAGUUUUUUUUUUUUUUUUUUAAAUAGACAUGAGGCUAUAUGUGUACGUGUUGGAGGCCAAGGACUUGAGUGUGAAGGACUCGUACGUGAAGCUUCAGGUUGAGAAGCACAAGUCCAAGACUAGGAUUUUGAGGAACACCAUGAUGCCAGUUUGGAAUGAAGAGUUUGUGUUCAGAGUCCAUGACAUGGAUGAAGAGCUUGUUGUGUCUUUGUUUCACCAUGAUGAUGAGCCUAGAGUGCUCCAUGGCUCAAGGGAUUUGAUGGGUCGGGUUCGAAUUCCUGUCUGGUCCAUUGCUGCUGAGGAAAAUCAUACCUUGCUGCCUACAUGGUUUCCGCUUGAAAGGCCUAAGGCUGGGAAAUUUAUUAAUGAAGAUUAUGGGAAAAUUCUUCUAACCUUUUCUCUUCAUGGAAAAGGCCAUGAUUCUUUGACCAAGCAACCCCAUUAUGUGCAUUCGAAUGUCAAAAUUGAGGAGCCUAAAGAAUUGGAAGGUCCUCAUAUAUCAAGUCAGGACAUAGUUGGCUCAAAAGCUCCGAGACGAAAGAUGGCAGAAGGGAAAAUUUUGAUGAAGGCAGUUGCUAGCCGUCUAGAGAGGCUAUUCAAUAAGAAUGAAGAAUCCCCAAGAAAUGGUGAUUCUAUGGAGACGUCCAGUACAUUAUCUGAUUAUGAGGAUUGCAUGGAAGAACAUCCCUCUACUUUUAGUUUUGAAGAGGGAAUUGAUACAAUGCAGUCAAGAAACAAUGGACAAGAAAUGCCUGAAAACCUGCAGGGCGGCAUUCUUCUAGGUCAGAUAUAUGCAGUACCACCCUAUGAUCUUAAUGCAUUUCUUUUUGUUCCCGAUUCACAGUUUAGAAAAGAAUUAGCUGAACUACAGGGAACAAUAGAUGUGCAAGAGGGGUGUUGGAUUUGGAAAUCAGGAGAAACAUCAUGUCUGACAAGAAAUGUUUCCUACAUAAAAGCUGCAUCAAAGUUAGUCAAGGCUGUUAAGGCUACAGAGGAGCAAACCUAUAUAAGAGCAGGUGGAGGGGAAUUUGCUGUAUUAGUAAGUGUAAGUACACCUGACAUUCCAUAUGGGAAUACAUUCAAGGUGGAAUUGCUUUACAAGAUAAUGUCUGGACCAGCUUUAUCCUCAGGAGAAGAAUCCUCCCAUCUUAUUGUGUCUUGGGGCAUCAACUUUCUCCAAAACACAAUGAUGAGAGGUAUGAUUGAAGGAGGAGCUCGGCAGGGACUGAAAGAGAGCUUUGAGCAGUUUGCAAACUUGCUUGCUCAGAAUUUUAAAACGUUGGAUUCCAUGAACUUAUCCAACAAGGAUGAUGUGCUGGCAACUUUGCAAACAGAACAUCAAUCAGACUGGAAUUUGGCAACUGAAUACUUCUGGAAUUUCACUGUUGUUGCAACCAUUGUUAUGGUAUUGUAUGUUCUAGUGCAUAUUCUACUUUCUGAGCCCAAGAAAAUACAAGGCUUGGAAUUUAACGGAAUUGAUUUGCCAGACAGCAUUGAGGAGCUUAUUACCUGUGGAUUCUUAUUCAUUCAGUUCGAGCGAGUUUAUAACAUGAUCUCACUCUUCAUACAAGCUAGGUUUCAGAGAGGAAGUGAUCAUGGAGUUAAAUCAAAAGGUGAUGGUUGGGUUCUUACCAUAGCUUUAAUUGAAGGGAUCAACUUAGCAUCCUUGGAAUCAACAGAGUUUUGCAAUCCCUAUGUGGUUUUCACCUGCAAUGGUAAAACAAGAACAAGCUCUGUCCAGCUCCAACCUCGCGAGCCUCAAUGGAAUGAGAUACUUGAGUUUGAUGCUAUGGAAGAGCCGCCAUCAGUUUUAGAUGUGGAAGUUUUUGAUUUUGAUUGUCCCUUUGACCAAACCCCCUCACUUGGGCAUGCUGAGAUCAAUUUUGUAAAACACACAUCUACUGAACUCGCGGACAUGUGGGUGCCCCUUGAUGGAAUGUUUGCUCAGUCUUCUCAGUCAAAAUUGCACUUGAGAAUUUUUUUGGACAAUAACAAUGGAGUUGAAACAAUUAGGGUGUAUUUGACCAAGAUGGAAAAGGAAGUUGGGAAGAAGUUGAAUCUACGAUCACCUCACAAGAAUUCAACAUUCCAGAAACUGUUCGGCUUGCCACCAGAAGAGUUUCUCAUCAGUGACUAUGCAUGCUCCCUGAAGAGAAAAAUGCAUCUACAGUUACUAGAUAUAUUCACCAUGGGAGUACGUGUCUGUUUAAGGAAUGGUCUUUAAACUAAACUCAGAGUGCGCCAAAAAAUGAGCUUGUUAAAGUUGGUCUAGUGGUCUUAUUAAGUAGACAGUUGCAGAGCUUAAUCAAAUACUAUACA